CCCUUAAGAUGUUAAAGCAGGAACUGAGAAAAGAGGUUUGAAGUAGAAGAGAAAGAGAGUGGAUUCUAUGUGGAUAAAAUGCCAAAACUCAAAAUCCAAGAAGCAACCUGAAGCCAUGCCUAAAAAAUCAAAGGGUUGUAAGUUUUUGCGUGCAAACUUACGUUGACGUCCCUCUCAUAGGCCAUGAAUAAUGAAAGCCCACCUCAUACAAAGUCACUUUCAAAAAGACACUUUCAUUGUCCCCCUUCACCUUUUUCCCAUACAUACAUCAACAGAUAUGAAAGCUUCAUACAUUGAACAUCAGACUUAACAGCUGAAUCCCAGGCCAAACCCUUCUCUUCUCAACCUCCUUUUUCUUUUAUUCUCCAAACAUCACACAUAUCCCUUCACCAAAUUACUAUUUUCAGUGCUCUCAAUCAGUUCGACCCUCUAUUUUCACUCCAUAAAUACCUUUCUCCUAGGCCAACCCACUUCCAUAUUUUGCAUCCUUUUUCUCUUCACUCUUCUACCAUAAAUACUGCUCUUCUCAUUGCAUAGUGGGUAGGUUGUUGCAGCGAGAGAGAUAUGGAGUUUCCGAACGAAGCAAUAUCAGAAGGGUGUUCUCAGAAGAAAAGUGGAAGAGGGAAAAUAGAGAUCAAGCGGAUCGAGAACACCACCAAUCGGCAAGUUACCUUCUGCAAACGUCGCAACGGGUUGCUCAAGAAGGCUUAUGAAUUGUCUGUUCUCUGUGAUGCCGAAGUUGCUCUUGUUGUCUUCUCAAGCCGUGGACGCCUUUAUGAGUAUGCAAACAACAGUGUUAGAGGAACUAUCGAUAGGUACAAGAAAGCAUGCGCUGCUUCCUCAAAUGCAGAAUCUGUCUCUGAAGCUAAUACACAGUUUUAUCAGCAAGAAUCAUCCAAGUUAAAAAGACAAAUCAGAGACAUUCAGAAUCUAAACAGGCACAUCCUUGGUGAAGCUCUUAGUUCUCUAAGUCUGAAGGAAUUAAAGAAUCUUGAGAGUAGAUUGGAGAAAGGUUUGAGCAGAGUCAGAUCCAGAAAGCAUGAGACAUUGUUUGCGGAUAUCGAAUUCAUGCAAAAGCGGGAAAUAGAGCUGCAAAACCACAAUAAUUUUCUGCGAGCUAAGAUAGCUGAACACGAUAGAGAAGAAGAACAACAGCAACAUAUGACAGGAAAUGUGUGCGAGUCCUUACCAGCUUCACAGUCAUAUGACAGGAAUUUCUUCCCUGUAAACCUCAUAGAUUCCAGUCAUCAAUACUCACGUCAAGACCACACUGCUCUUCAACUUGUCUGAUAACCCUAUUUAAAAUUAUGGCAUAGCCUUUCUAUGAUUUGGAAGUGGUGUGGGAUACAUAUCCCUAAGUCUCCUGAAGGGUGCCCUUCGAAUUUCCUCUGCUAAACUUCUUCCCAUGAAAACUUUAAGAAAUUAAAGCAAGAAUCAGCAUUUGUA